AUGCUCGUUCCUGUCUCCCUGGAAGCUGAGAAGAAAGAAAAAGCCGGUCUUGAGUCUCAAAAGCUGCUUGUCAACGCGUGUAGCAAGUUAUCCUGGAACCAGCUUCCCAAAGCAAAAACGGUUCAAGAUGCCAUAAAUGAGCUACGCUCAGGACUGGCUCCGACUCCCAGCCCAGAUGAUGUUGUCAAGUCUCAGACGCCACUCAACGCUCCGGGUCUGUCAGUUGUUCGACAGGUGCCGUCUCGCAAGCGAAAAGCAGUCGAGGACCUCAAUGAUUCUCCCAAGGCCAAAGACAAAAGUGCGAGCCAGGCUGCUUCUAUCCCUUUUUGGGCAGAAAAGAGUCCAUGGGAUGGCGAAGUCGCCCCAACUUCAGUUUUAUCCUGCUGCGUGGAUAAACACUCUCCUCUCUGGUUACCAGACUAUACAGGACACAGCUAUCAAACCCAUUCGUCCCAAGCCAACCUCAAAUCCCAGUACAGUUCUUCCCAGCACGGUUCUGUUGAUAUGACUAAAGGUUAUACCUCACAGGGUGCUGAGACAGAGAACAAUAUGCCAAGCUUUACCGACAGUUUCCGGAUGUCUUUGCGGCUGGGAGUGAAACCUAAGGCCUUGUAUUGGAUCAAGGAUACACUGACCGGUUACGAUAUUCAGGACGAAGAAGUCGACUCGGCUUUUGAAACAGGCUGGGACUGGUCUGAUCUCGAGAAAUUGGCCUUCCAGAUGCUCCUGGUAAUGAGAACUCAGCAUGAUAAGCCCGCCGAAGAAGCUGGUCUUGACGAGAAAAGUCUAACCUCCAUCGUGAUAGUCUACUGGUUGGCCAUUCUCUUCAGCCAAAAAGUUAAGUCCCUCAAAACAAAAUUUCCUCAUACAGACAGAACCAAAAUCGCUUGGAAAAUUCGCAAUCACCACGGUAUCGCCAUGAAGUCUGGCAUUGAGGAAAUAGACGGUGUUGACUUUGACCCUAUUCAGCACAUCGACAUGUCCCGUUGCACAGUGAUUGUCGACUCGCAACUGACCAAUGUAACCAUGAAGAAUUACCCGGUCGAGCUUUGGGACAAAAUCCGCGCCACUUGCUCUCAGGUGCCACUGUACAAUCCUCUCUGA